UAACAAAAAACAAAAAACACAAAAACAUAAUUCUAGUUCUAUAAGUACUAUUCCAGUAUCACGAGUGCUAUUUUCUGCAUCCCCUGUGGGUGUAAAUAGCGCCAGGAGGUGUCAGCAGACUGCUGGUAGUUUUCUGCAGGCCCCCUAGAACUGACAGUUCAGUCAGACACAGCGCUCAUGUGAGACUGUGUGCACAGCGCCACUGGUUUCCCAUUGUUAUGAAUUUGGUAUAUAAUCAGCCUGAAACACAGUGAGGAAAACAGUUGAGUUGUCAUGAUUAUUUUAGUAUAGCUAAUUUUACAUAGAUUAGAAAUGCAAUUGUGCAGUAAAUGUUACACCCUUUAACCACUAGGAGGAAGCAACGAGACAUACGCAAUCCCCUAAACUCAGUCAAAGGUCAAAUUUAUUUACUGUGUAUAGGGUGGUGGUAAAAUGUUUGAUUAUCUAUAAUCAAAUCAAAGUCGCUAUAAGAGCUGUUUUAUUUUCCCCAUCUUGUGUAGGUUAUGUUUCGACUUGGCUUGCCUCGUGGCUCAUCAUCUAGAUAUUCAACAUCCCAUAUAUUAUAGACUAUUUAGAUAGAAGGUCUUUUAAUUAGAUUUAAAUGUACACUUUUUUCCUUCCAAGAAAGAAGAUGACACAUCUUAUUAUUUUGUGUAUUUAAGCAAUUUGUUUUCACAUUUUAUUGUGCAAGCUCUCAUUUUUAUUUACCUGUAUUCUCAUGAUCUAUACAUUAAGUUGUUUUCUGAUAUUUUGUUUAAAGAAAAGCAUCCUUUUAAAAAUUAUUAGUUAUUAGGGAAAGGCAUGCCGCUGAAAUGUUUUGCAGUGUUUUCCUAAGAGGCGGAGCAACAUGGCAUGUUCAGGCUGUCAUUCAUUCAAGGAUCAAAGAGCAAAUAUUCUGGCAUUUGGGGGAUUUUCUGGAAAGCAGUCUCCUGUAGGUCACUGUGCAGGCCCCCUGCAGCUGAUCACAUUAUUUUCAACUGGAUGUGCUGCGCUGACCUUCAGUGUGCGCUCCACUAUGGACCGCAAAAGGGAUGACUGGCACAGAACAAAAAGGGAAAGGGAAACCUAUAUGCUACACAAUGAUGGAUGACAGGCAAGCUAUGCUUCACAUCCUUGAGGAGCCUCAGAUGCGAAGAGAAGGAGAGAGACUUCGAACUUUUCACAACUGGCCAGCAGAUGCACCUGUCACAUCUGGAGAUCUGGCCAAGGCAGGGUUUUUCUUUCUAGGCCCUGGGGAUAAAGUACAGUGUUUCUGCUGUGGAGGGAUUUUAAGAUGCUGGGUACAAGGGGAUAGCCCAGCCACUGAGCAUAAAAGACAUUUCCCUGCUUGCAGCUUCAUUCUGGGUCGAGCUGUAGGAAAUAUCCCACUUCAAGCUGACUCCUCAGAUUCUGUGGAUGGACAGCUUUUGAGUCAGCUCCAGAGGAUGACUAUGGAUGACCAGGGAACAGCUGGGCAAGCAGUCUACCCAGAGAUGGAAGCAGAGGAUUCGCGGCUCACCACUUUCCACAACUGGCCCACCGAAGCCUCAAUCCAACCCGAUGUUCUUGCCAGAGCAGGCUUUUUCUACACAGGUCACGGUGACAAUGUCAAAUGCUUCUACUGCGACGGAGGGCUGAGGAACUGGGAGCCAGGCGACGACCCCUGGCAGGAACAUGCCAAAUGGUUUCCACGAUGUGAGUUCUUAAUCCAAACGAGGGGGCAGGAAUACAUCAGCAACAUACAGGACACUCAUUUCCACCUGGAUGACACUAUGGGAGGAUCACAGACCUCCUCGGGUAGAGAUAUCAGCUCCAGAGGCGAUCUGGUCGGAGGUCUGGGAGCUUCAUCGGCCAUGCUUUCUCCUGUGGUACAGUCUGUGCUCCAGAUGGGCUUUGAAACCAGCCUGGUGGAGAGUCUGGUCCAAACCAAGUACCUUCUGACAGGCCAGCAUUACACGUCUGUAUCUGACCUGGUUACUGAUGUACUGCAGGCGGAGGAGGAAGACAGACAGAGCAGGCCUCGAAGCAGAGACCCAGAGAUGAGGCAAGGCUCCAGUGCUGGAAAUGUAAGAACACAGACACCUGUCAGAGAGAAAGUUAAGGAAAACAGUCCAGAGGAGCUGCUGAGGCAGCUGCAGGAGGAGAGGACCUGUAAAGUGUGCAUGGACAAGCUUGUGUCCAUUGUCUUCAUCCCCUGUGGUCAUCUGGUGGUUUGUGGUGAUUGUGCUGCCAGCCUACGUCACUGCCCCAUCUGCAGAGCUGUCAUCAGAGGCAGCGUCCGUGCUUUCAUGUCCUAAGGCUGUAGUGAAAAGCCACCCCUAUACAGGUGUUGCAUGAGUGGCCUUGAGUUUUCCACAGGCCCCAGUUUCUGUUGUACUGGAAAGAAUAAAGAGUGCUGAUUGCUUAUUUUGUCAGGCUUACCAGAUCAUUUUCUACAAUAAACAGUUCAAGCUGCCAUC